ACAGCCGACUUAAUGCUAAAUCAGUCAGCUAUAGAAACUGCCUCUCCGGUAGGUAAAAAAGGUCAAAGUUUCAACCGCGAUGGCGUUACUAAGGGUAACGGGAAUGGGAGUUUCUCGUAUAUGCUCGCGUACGUACUGGCUCCCGCACGUGAAUAAAGUCAACCUGAAGUCAAUGAGACCGCCAUAUUUCCUUUAACUUUACGCUGGGAAUUUUAGUGCGAGCAGGGUAGUAUUUCGGCUGCUCUACACGAUGUUGUGGGCACUGGCCCUCCCUGGCCUACUGCUGUCUCGCACCCUCAUAGCGAAUGGUGCAGUCAUACCGACCGGGAGACAACACGACCCAUACUCGCCGCUCAGCAACUGUUCGGCGGCGAAGUCGAGGACGACCGCAAAGCAGCCGGACCUCAUCACCCGGCGGACUCCAAGACCAAGAGGGGCCCCUCACGGCUGGGAUGAAUCACUCUCAUCACCACUGUCAUCAUCAUCAUUUUCGACAUUCCGUGAGGAAGCCCUGAAAUUACACAACACCGCCAGAAGGAGGACGGAGCCACCCGCUGCCGACAUGCCCAGGCUGAGUUGGAGUUCAGGCCUGGCCCGACUGGCCGAGCUGUGGUCCCGUCGCUGCACCUUGGACUACGGUCUGCCGCUGACGCCCGCCCCGCUCGCUUACGACGGCCGCCUACGUCAGAACGUUUGGGCCGGGCCGAGAAAUGGGACCUUGGCUGGCGCCGUCACCGCCUGGCGGACCGAAGGGCAGGAGUUCAACUACGGCACUGGCGCAUGCUACCAUGCCGGUGGAUGCAGACACUAUCUUACGAUGAUUUCUGCGUCGGUUCGAGACGUUGGAUGUGGUGCGUCUGUGUGUUGUGAUGGCGCCAUCAUCGUCUGUUACUAUGGCACCAGCUCAGGAUUUGACCCACCCACACCUUAUACUACCGGUCCACCAUGCACUAAAUGUGGGCAAGGAGAGUGGUGUGAUGACGGACUUUGCCGAACUCAAAGUCAACAGUGGACGAGCGAGUCUGCCGACAAAGACUGCCAAUGUGACAAGAUGGAGAACGCACCAUCAGAAGAUUUAGAGUCUGACGACGGCAGCCUGACUUUGGGCUCAUCUAUCAUCCUAUAUCGUCACCGAAGACAGGCCGUGGCCAAUGAUUCAAGCACGCCGACUGACUGUGGGCAUCUUGAUAUCCCACUGUGGGUUUUCGUUGGUUUGCUUGUUUUUGUCGUCAUGCUGGGCCUCGUGAUGGGAAUCGUGGGCAUGACGGUGUAUAUUUGCAAGGAUACGUGUAGAGCAUGCAAGACAAGAUGCAACAGUUGUAAAAGAGAUAGAAGUGGUAACGAGGAAGGUGGGGGCUCCAGUCCAAGACACAGAUGCUGUUGCAACAGGGUAGAACCUGUCGUUGGUGAUGAAGCUGUUACCGGUGUUGCCACACAGACUGACCAGCAAACACAUGAGGCUGACCAGCAAAUACAUGAGGAGACUAACCAGCAAAGACAUGACGAGGAUACCCCGGACGGACCGACUGCACAAGCACCUUGUACGUCAGGUAAUGACCAAGCUAGUACCCGUGCCGAGCCAUUGGUAGAGCAUGUAGAGUUUGGCGUCCAGACCGAUCCCCCUCGUGAAGAUCCCGGUGCCUGUGCUGAGCCGCUGGUGACAAGUGUGGCAAGUACCAGCACAGAGGAAGUUGAAUACAGUGACAAAGACGUGUGCGUAAAACCUGAGAGUGUUGAAGUUGAAGUGCAGGUGUAUCCUGAGACUCAAGAUGCACAGGUGCAAAUGACCUCAGAAAAUGGAGGUCCUCCCUCACCAUCGUCGCCAUCACAGGCAUGGGGUGUCUGCUUGAGGAGAGGGUGCACAACCUGCCCCUUGCACACCCACAACCAGCGGGAGGUGCACGCAGAGAGGACAGAAACGAUCAGGAGGGUGGUCAGAGCCAAUCGGGAUACCAGCCUAAGGCCUGGGGAUGUCGUCUUCUGAGUCAGUCUGGUGAUCAAUCUGACAACGUAUACCAGGAAGUUUGCGCUGUCCACUGUGUGCAUGAACUGUAGAGGGCACUACAUAGCAAUUUCCAAUUCCUUUACUUUGUCUUAAUUUAUGGCUUUAUUUUGAGCUCUACGGGGAGCAAAAGUAUACAUGCCAUCUUCCGUCAAUUGAAGGAAAUGUUUAAACAACAUGGCGACUCACGUCACACUUCGGUACUUCAUAAUUUCAGAAAUUAACCAUAGAAACCAAACAAUUCCCCAAUACGUGUAUUCUUAUCAGACAAAUGGAUACUGAUGUAGCAGAAAAGAAAACAGCAUAGAAUAUUACAGUCUCAACUUGGUAAGACUGAAUUCAUAAAAUUUACUCCCCGGGAUCAAGACAAAGCUGCGAUUUGGAAAAGCCCCAUGCAUUAGGUAUGUAGGUUUCGCCAACGAUGUGAACAAAAGCCAAGGUAUGUCUGUGUCCGACUUGCUUCAAUAAAUGUUGAAUCUGUAAUACACAUCACUAGCGGAUAAUGUUCCUGGAGUACAUUCCCAGCAUUUCGGAAUUCCAAUUUGUGCAUAUUUACAUGUUAUUUGCUGAAAAUGGAGGGGGGGAUGUUGCCAGAAUAUUGCCACUGAUGAUAGGUUCAUGAUGUAAAUUACCUCACUUGAGCUCGAGGCAGACUAUUGUACCCCCUUCUUCCCUCUCGCUAAAAAAAAUAUACGUAGCUGCACAGGAAUUCAGGUGUAUUGGCCGUAAAUACUGGUUCCAAGUCAUUAAUUAAACUACAGUAGGGUCGAGGGCUCUGUAACUAGUGCCCUAAAUACGCUGGGUUGGGAAACUCUCCAGUCAAGGAGAAACCAGAGACUUUGUAUGCUCUACAAGAUGAAAUACGGAUUGGUUGACGUUAACCUAGAUGAGUUCGUCCAGCCUAACACAAGGAAAACUGGGGGAAUGAUCAAAAUUGCUACAAAUUCGUCAUAAGUCUAAAGCAUUCCAGGACUCAUUUUUUGUUUCCACUAUAAAAGACUGCAAAAUAUACCCGCUCUCGUUGUAAAUAGUUCUUCACUGGAUGUAUUCAAAUCCAAGCUAAAGCAGCACCGCUAAAAUGCUUUGGUCAAGUCAUUCCACACGCAGUGCGCUUCUCAGAAGUUAGCGUGGAUGUGUCUUGGAGGACAUUUUGCUGACCAAUUCGGAUUCAGAUAAUGAAAACCAUCUAAUUGAGUGACAGAGAAAGUUUCAGUCAGAUGCUGUGUGUUACUACUUGGUGCUCAAGAAACAUUUUUCAGUCCAAUUGAGCGACUGUGGUCACGUACGUCCAUUAUCUGAGUAGGGACUUCAAGUUGAAGACAACUUUUGCCACCUCAUCAACAAGUUCUAAGUGGAUUUUGAUUACAUGUAAUUUUCCAACGGCAACUGUGCUCAUCAAAGUAGGCUUUUCACAAACAUUGCAGAUAUUAUAAAAAUGGCAAAGAAAACAGAAUGCUUAUUUUGUUAAGUUAGGUUUACUUGUAACCACCGUGUACAUACACCAUUUCACCAAAUAUGAUAAAUACUGCGUUUAUUAAUUAUGUACAUUUUCGGAAAUAUUAAAUAAAUUAAUACAAAGUA